GAAAGAAAACAGUAAUUUUACUUGAUUGAAAUACUAAUUAAUAGGCGUAGUUUGCGAUCAUAGUCAUGGAUUUUGAAAGUCCGGACGUAGAAAAGGAUUUUCCAGGCUUGUAUGCGUCUGAAAGUGGCAGAAAAAGUAAUGAAAGUGACUUCAGUGAUGGUGCUGAUCAUGAAAAGCCAAGCAAGAAAGACCUACUGGGUCGUCGAAAAGAAAAGAAAGAGAAGAAAGAUAGAGGCUAUGCUGCACUAGAGGGAGAAAGUUCACCAGAAGAGGAUACUGACACGAAAAGUCCUUCAAAAUCAAAGAAGACAAAAUCAUUUAAAUUCCCUACAAAGAGCAAGGAGAAACGCGAGAAAUCACGGGACAAAGAAAAAGUAUUAGAGGAUGCAGCAAAGCAGAGAGAAAGGGAAGAGAAGGAAAAGAAGAAAGAGAAAGAACGAGAGAAGGAAAGGGAAAGGGAGAAAAAAGAGAAAGAAAAACGAGAGAAGUUGAGAGAGAAGGAUAAGGAAAAAGAAGAAAAAGCGAAAUUCAAGCUAGAAUCCAAGGAAAAGCUGAAAGAUGAGAAAAAAGAUAAGACGAAAGAUAAGGACAAGGAGAAGGUAAAAGAAAAAGAAAAGGAGAAAGUGAAAGAAAAAGAUAAGGAUAAAAAAGAUAAGAAACUGACGAAAGUUCCGUCUACAUUCACAUGCGGAGUUCCCUUCGAAGAAAUAUUUACGUUAGGAGUGGCUCUCCCGAUAUUUGGCGUACCGUUAGCGCAGUCAGUGGAGCGUUCGAGAUGUCACGACGACACCGGUCUGCCUCUCGUUGUGCGAGACAGCAUCGAUUACUUACAGGCGCACGGUCUGAAGUCCAACCAGAUCUACCGCACGGAACCUGACAAGAUAAAACUGCAACAGCUGAAGAAAUUGUUCACAGACAGAGGACCCACCUUCCCUUACCACUGGGAUGUUCCCGUGGCCUGUGCUAUGCUUAAAACUUUUAUUAGUGAACUCCCGGACUCUGUACUAACACAAGAGCUACACGGACAGUUCGAGCAAGCGACGGCCAUAGCCGAGCCACAGCGGGAGGCUACCAUGUUGGCCCUCAUAGCCAAACUGCCUCCACACAACUACAGCCUGCUGGGCUGGCUCAUCAGGCACUUCGAAUGUGUUGUGGCUAAUGAACAGGCAAAUCACGCGAACAUUCAAACUAUAAUGACUGCGAUGGGACCAGCGCUCAAUAUGUCCUUGAACCUCCUCACCUACUUGGUCUCCAAGGCUGAGAAGCUGUUCCCAGACGUCCAACUUACGAAAUACGUACCACCUUUAGCCUCGAUACCACCUGACUUCCCGGAGACGGCUCCUGAAUUGAGCUUGGAGCUUCGCAAACAGGAGUCUCUAUUGAACCAGAUACAUGCAGAAAUGCACGCCGGGUUCAUCACGCCCGCUAGGGAUCAGCAACUGUGGGAGGCGCAAAGGAUUGUCACACAGUUGAAGAGAAAACUCCGCUCCGUACAGAAAUCAGUAGAACCGCAAAACUCCUUGCAACCACAACACGCAUCGCUAGAUGAAAGGCACGAACAUAAGACGGAGGAGGAACCAGUGAGGCGGAACUCUCAACCCUCACAACCAUCAGCACCUCCACAAGUGCAACCAGAGACACAACUCACGCCUCAAGAACCUCCCGAGGUCAAAACUCCAAACGAACCGUUCCUAGAUCCCAAAGAGUCGCCAAGCCAAGAACCCAUCUUCGAAGCCGAGUUUGAAGACAAUUUCGAGUUCAAACCAGACAUCGCCAUCAAAGAAACACCCGAACAAGAAGCACCUCCCGCCGAACCCGUUAAAGAAAAACCGAAACUAACAGAGAAAGAACUCAAAGUACUAAGGCUUGAAUUAGAAAACGCAGAAUACUUACAACUCAAGUCGCUACUGCAAGCAAAAAUCAACUCCGAACAGUUUGAAAUAGUCAAACUUAGGAGCCAUGUUGCUUUGAAGAAUAAGGCUGAAGGCGGCCAGACUACGAAAGAUAGCAAGGAAAAUAACGUGCAAGACGAACAGGAGUUAAGACAAAGACUGAUUAAAGAGAAUGCGUUACUAGAGCAAAAGAGAAUCAACCUUAUCAACCAGAUAUUUCAGGAGAGAGUCGCCUGUAUCCAGUUGAAGAUAGAGCUCGCUAUGAAAGAAAUACUGUCGAAAUCAUAAAGAGGUUGAAUCUAUGUUAUGUAUGGUAUAAUCUGGGCUUAAAGAUUUCAUAGAGUGAAUCUCACAAUCAACUAGUUUGCCGGUAUAAAUGAAGUGGCAAAUAUGGCGAAAAGUAGAAGUACGUAGGUAGGUAUAUACCUCUGUUUAUCGGAGAAAAAAAAUUCUUAUGUGAUAGAUGUUACAAAAUAUGUAAACUAAAAUAAACGUUCCAGUAGAAGAUUUAAGCAAUGAAUAGCUGCUUUAAUAUUAAAAACUGGUUAGAAUAGAGUCCUAUAGGAGACAUACUCGUUGUUCGAAAAAUAAUGUCGAGUUAGUUACGCCUCUUACAAUUCAAAAACGGCUGGACCGAUUAUCAUCUUCAAAUUAGUAAAUUCAUAUGCGUUCCAGAAAAGUAAACCAUGAUCAAUCCAAGAAACUAAUUUUUGUUUUGUAUAUAGCAAUACAGCUUAUUACAUAACGAUUCCAAAGCGUUACGAAAUUCGCAGAGAGAAUAUAAAAUGAACUAUAAAUGUCAUCAAAUAUUUAGUCAAACAACAUUAGACUAAGUUUAUUUAUAAAUAUAAUAUAUUUGUUACAACAUUGCAUGAUAACUAUAUUUGACUAAUAACUAUCCACUAAGUGACAUUGACUCAAUUUUAGUAUUGCAAUCUUAUCUACAAUACACUAUCUUAGACUGCAGUAGAAAACGACCAAUAUAACCAGACCUCUCUAAACUUGACGUUCUUAGAGAGAACGAGACAUAAAUAUAUAGAAAAGAAAUAGAGUAAAUGAGACAGCAAUAGUCGGACUCCUCUCGAAACUGGUCAAGUUAUUGUGAAUGUACUAUUAUAUUUGUUUACCUAAUCGUUAAAUAAUGUUAGUGGAACAUGAAUGUGGAGAAAUAAAGAAAUUAUUGUAAUAA